AUGAGCAAGAGCAAUGAUCCGGAGGUGCAAGAUUUCCUGCGUACCGUGCUGAGCCAUCGCGCCGACUUCCGUUGGAUCCAAGGCGAAGCGUCGAGGUUCCAUCGACAGGAUCAAAUCCUUCCACUCAAAGGUGUCCCGUACAAAAACAAACGAGCCUUCUACUCCUCCCUCACCGACUAUCCACCGUACGCCAAUUACGGUUACAGGAUGUCCCCAAAGCAUGAUCAAUUCCUCAUCGACAGACCCAUGAAUGAUGCCUACCCGUACGAGGAAGACGCCAUGAAAAUCUACAAUAAAAGAAGCAUAUUCGCGGACGACGAGGAUGAUUACGAUAACUAUAGCAGAAAAAAGAGGGAUCUGCAGUAUCGGAAAUACGAUUCUCCUGCGGAGCGAAUGCUGGAUGAGAAGUUAAGAUUGAGGAAUUUGCUGAGAAAAGGUGGUAACCGAAUGAACGCAAAAGAUUUUGAUCAAAAUAUGCUUGUCGAUAUCAUCUCGGAUGGCGAGAAAGGAGAGUUGGAAAUGCCUGGAAACAAAUACGAAUUCAAGACUUUGGCUAAAAGAGACUGUGCAGAAGAUCCUAACGAGCACGAUAUCAAAAUAGGAAAUGAUACUCUGGAAAAUCCCUUAGGUGAAUUUUACUAUUCGAUCCCUCAUGACAUCCUCGGAAUGUCCCAAGAUCUUCCCGACGAACCUCCAUCCCCAAACAAAACCUGCAUCAAGUAUAAAAAAAACGUGAGGCAAGUACGCUCCAUAAACCUUGAUGGUCUCCUAAAUCCGCGCAGGAAAAAGCAAGGAAAAACCAUAAAAAUCAAAAUCUUCGACGAUGGUCGUCUAGUGAAGAACAUCAAAAAAGAUGAUGGCACUAACUCAAUAGUACUGACAAUCAAGAAUGAUGCCACGACUGAACAACAACUGCCAACAGGAGAUCUCAGUAGUCGAUAUCUCCUAGAACUUAACAGAUACUCCAACAAAAUGAAUGCACCUAGAAUAACUUAUGAUUCCAUCAAAGAUGACGACACUCUUCAAAAAAUUGAUACUAUAUUGAGGAACGACGAGGCAACGCUUAAAUUGAGUGCCCAAAUUCCAGUUCAACUCAAACAAAAACCGGCUCAAUCUAUCAGCGACAUCGUACGUGAAAAUAGCCUGCACGAAAGAUCUCGAAAAGAAACUCGGAGUGAUCAUCCCAAUAGCGAAGAAGAACCUGAAUCGUAUGCCUAUCGUCCUCAACCUAUUUCCAAUUCCAAUGGUAAUAGCCCACAAAUUUCAACGAACAACGCAGCUGCUAAACUUAAAGAGAACUACUCUAAUAAAAAUCAUAAUUUUAAAAAGCAAGCUGAAGAUACCUUUCCAACUGUGCAGAAUCGUCUUGAAGAUCAAACGGAACCCACAUCUGCUGCGGAGCAAAGGGAGCUUGGUAAGAUCAAUAAUAAAUUUCAAGAAUCAAGUCCAAUGACGGAUAUGGUAAGCACCGAGAAAAUGAUUGUAAUACCGUUCAAAAAGAGCGCUGAUGAAGAAGUAUUGGAAACUGAUGAUGACACUGAUAACAAAAAAAGACAGAUGAAUAGGUUCCAUGUGAAGGAUUCCAAAGACAUGAUUCAUACGCUUAGGAAUAAGAAGCAAUCGAGUAAUGAGAAUCACGUUGACGCUCAUUUAAGAGAUGCUGAAAAUGUUCUUGAUAAAUUGAAAGUUGACUUGGAACAUACUAUUAAAGAAAAUUUGAUAAACAAAGAUGUGAUGCCACUUGAUAAAAGUGUUGCACUUACCGAAGAUAAUUCAGAUAAAGGUCAUCUGGAACGUAGCAGUCUUAACUCUAAACUAAAGAAUGAUUUGUUGGAUUUCCUAGAAACCGAUGAUGAAACCAGUAAUAUCACGGAUGAGGAAGCUAAUGAAAUUCUAGAUAAGUUAUCGGAGAAUAAACGAAAGAAACGAAAUUUCGACGAUUUGAACUUAAUGUCCAGUCAGGAUUUCAACGAUUUCUUGAAUUCAUUAGAAGAGAAGGAAAAUGUUGCUGAUCCAUUUGAAGCAGAUUACGAUUUAGAAAAUAACAACGAACGUAAAGGGAGAAGUUUCAAUUCUCGAACUUUGAAAUCAAUUGAAUUACCAAGAAGCAGACGUGAAAGGAGUUUAAAAGAUUUACUAGGAAUGACCAAUGAUGAAGACUACUCCGAAGAUAGGAUCGAUGAUUAUAUGGAUGUGAAAAGCAAACGUUCGGAAAGUCACCAAAAGAUUAAAUCUAAAUCUAAAGCAAAGUCCAAGAAGAGUAAGUACAAGAAAAACAACAAGAAACAUAAAGAUGAAAAAGUUGAAAGUGUUGCCAAAGAGGAGAUAGAUAAAACCAAGAAAAGUAGUAACAGUAAAAAGGUGAAGAAAGAUGUCGAAGAAGUGGAAAGACUCGAGGAAAAGUUAAAUAUAUUUACCAAUAAUUUGGAUCUUUUGAAGAAACCUGAUGGUAAGAUUGAAGAGAAAAGGGAUAAUGAAAACUUUAUUGACGCUAAUAACGCAAGAGCUGUAAGGCGCACAUCAAUUUUUAAAAAAGUAGACAAGGAACCGAAAACUAAUUAUUUGACGCAAGAAAGUGAUGAUAACAGUAAACAAGAUGAUGACAAUAAACAUAUUGAAGAAAAUUCAAAAACCAAUGAUGAUUCUAAUACUAAAGAAGAUGACGAGAAUAUCAAUAGUGUUGCAGAGAAUGUGCCCAGGCAAGUAGAUGAAACUUUGGGAAAAGCUGAGGAAUUCGAUGAACACGAUGGCGAGGAUAAAGUAGAUAAUCCUGUGGGUAAUGAAUUGGAUAUUAUCGAGAAAACUCAAGCUAUUCUUCUACAUAUAACGAAUCCUCCAACUGACUGCAGCACUUCAAGAGGUGAAUACGAUGAUAGUGAUGAUAUGAGUUCAUACGAUGGAAAAGCUAUCAGGCAUAGAGAUGAAGGCGGUUUGAAAGUGAAACAUCAAAGGGUUUUCAAUUUAGUUGAUAAUGCCGGCGACGAUGUCGUCGGAGAAAUAAUGAGAAUUGUAAACAAUUACAAAGAGAAAUCGCUGAGGAGCAACAAGAAAAAUGAAAAAAAGGUCCACGAAGAUGAGGAUGAGAAUAACUUGGCAAAUCAAACUGGAAAGGAUCAUAUGGAUAGGCUUCAUCCGAAGAUUGUUAAUAUGAAGACGUGUCAUCGGAGACCAGGAACCGAUCAUAAUUAUCAUCAAAAGCAUACUGAAGAUACAGAGUUUGUAGCUCCUAAACCAGUAAAAGAAGCAUUCACUGAUUUGGAUGGAUCAACGUCCAAUAAUAAGCAGGAAGAGGAAGAAUCGUUCAACAUCAAACGGGAUUUGAGGAAUGACGAAAAUCCUAUGCAAUUUACACCUGAUAGCUUUGAAAGUUUCAAAGAUGUUAUCGAAGAGAAACCUGAUUUUAGCAAAAACAAGCUGACAAUACGGUUAGCGAGUAACGCUGAGCGCGAUAAAAGGUAUUUGAAAAAUUUAAAGAAGUAUAAAUACAAGAAAAGGGUUAAAAGGGAUUUAGAUCAAGAUGACGAUGAGAUUAUUGAUAACUUGCUAUCGCCCAUGCAACCUACAAAGAAAAGAUAUCGCCGAUUCCAGAACGUCUAUUACAAUCCGUAUUUGUAUAACAAUUUUUUGAGAUACAAACUUCAGACUCAAAAUGUUUCGGAGGAAGUAACAACACACGCAAGUUCGAGUAAUCCGAGUCCCGAAGCAAGUGGCAAUGGUACGACUGUAAUGCCUCCUAAUGGUGUAAAUCAAACCGUAGCAGCAGGCAACGAGACUUGUCCUGAAGAUGUUACAAGUAAUCCGCUUGAUAAGCAAACUGAUAAAGGUAAGAUGAGCCAUGAAGAAAAGAAGAAGUUGAAAAAGAAUAAGAAAAAAAUGAAGGACGAGUGUCUGGAAGAAGAAACGUACGAUCUAAGACAUAAAGGUGACGAGAACAAAAGUGAAACUGAAAGGGAGAAGCAGCUUCGGAUUAAGAAUAGGGAGAAGCUCAAGAAUGAUAGAAUGGAAAAUCGACAAAAGGAGAAGGAAAGAUUAAAAACGAUUUUAAAUGGUCAUAUGAUCAAUGAUAUACUUACGAAUUUCGAUAUAAAAUUGAAAGAGAAUGGUCAUCUUUUCGAGCGUUUCAGCAAUUCGAUUGGCAGGCAGUGCAUCAAGGAUCAAGUCAAUGUAAUUGAGAAACGAAGGGAUGAGCAAUCAAAGAAAGAUAUAAAACAUGCGCAGCUGAUGCUGCAUCAAGUUAUAGUGAUGUUGAAUAAGAUUGUCGCGGAUCAGGUCCAUCGAAGGACGUGCCUGGCGCUUCCACCAAUUCUGGAUAGUUUCCUAGGAACAUUGGCCACUCCGAGCAUAUCAACUAAGAGCAAACAGAUCUCCGAAGGAUAUCCAUUACCUGAGAUACAUGGAAAGAAGCCGAACAGCAAGAAUGGAAAACCGGAUGAAAAGCAAGGCGAUUUUCUCUUCGAUCACGAGGACGAUGGGAAGCCAGGUUCUCCGAACAAUGAGAUAACGAUGAAAAAGAAAAUUGUGCUUAUCAAGAAGUUACUGAAUAAAUAUAACAAUAUGAGCGAUUCGUGUCAGAUUAAAGUGGAACCGGUGAGGGAUUAUCUCGUGGAGCACCUCAGUAUGCUGGAGAAGCUGUCCAAGGAGAAGAAGACGGAAGUCGAUGAGAUUUGCACGGCGCUCCCAGGUUUCGAGGGAAACUGCACGACGACGACGGCCGGUCCUGCAGCAGUCAAUCACGGACACAAGGAGGCCGGAAAUAGCACUGAACAUGCGGCCGGAAGUUCGACGGUGACCGGAAACGAGACGAGUUCCACUGUUGAGUUGACGACAACUGGGACGGCGACGACCACUACGACGACGGCGGCGUCUCCGCACGACUCCAAUCCUGCAGCUAGAUCCUAUUACAAUUUCGAAUAUCCGGAUCGUUUCCGGUUUCUGAACAACGACAAGAAGAUACUUUCGGAUAGGUAUAGGAAGUUGGUAGAGGCGGCGGAUAGUUAUAGGCGAAAGAGGCAGAUCGAGAAAAGGCUUGUCAGGUUAUUCGGAGGCGGUGGCGGCGGUGGUGGUGAAAGCGGCGGAGAUGCAGACGCCGUUGAAACGCGAGAGAAGAAGGAAGUUCCGGACUUGAGGGAUAUCGCCUUCGAGGCUCCCAUUGUGUACAGUUUGGAUGACUGA